AUGAACUUGGAAAUCCCUCAAAGACAGUUCACCAAGGAAGAAAUUAAUCGCUGCUACUUAAGAUGGCAGCAGUUAAGGAACGAACACGGUGAAAAUGCGCCUAAUGUACCGGAGUUCAUAUAUUUCACCAAGGUUCUGCAUGUUGCUGCUAAACAGCAGCAAGAGCAGCAACAACAACACCAACACCAACAUCAGCAGCAGCAGCAGCAGCAGCAGCAGCCACCGCAACAACAACAGGUUCCAUAUGCUAUGCCGUCGAUGCAAGCGAUGAAUCAACAGAGACAAGCUUCAGGAACACCGCAACCGAUACCGCUACAACAACCGAGAUCAGGAUCACCAGGCAUAUCUUCUUCGCAAUCGGCGCCUCAAGGUGCACAACAAACCAAUGGACACAAUUCUCAUCAUUCUACGAUAUUCACAGCUGAACAAUCGGAAUUACUGAAGGCACAAAUAACCUCAUUAAAAUCUUUAGUAAAUCAACAGCCAGUCUCUCCAGAAUGUCAGAAUAUUAUCCAACAGUCAGUCAGCAGUGCACCAGAUUUUAAGAAAAUGUUAAUGGCAUUGAGUGAGUUUGUAAAAAAGAGGCAGCUCCAACAGCAACAAAAUGGCCCAGCUCAAUCUCCACCACCACAACAGCGACAACAACAAUCACCUUUACCACAACAGCAGCAGAUGCAAGGUCCAAAUCCACAACAGUCGCCAGCUCCUCGACAGAUGACUCCACAGAUGGCUAAUGCUAGAUUACAACAGUUGCAGUUCCAGCAGCAGCGUCAACAGCAGCAAUUACAAAGGCAGCAAUGGCAACAGCAGCAGCAGCAACAGCAGUUAAGAAACCAACAGUUGCAGCAACAAAAGGAAAGAAUUCUUAAAGCCCAAAUGUCCGCCGCUGCUACACCAAGUGGUGAAAGUAACGGUACUCCUAAUGGUAUAGGUGGGACGCCUGCUGGUAGCUUAAGCACUCCUGGUGGUGAUGUCCAAUCGAAGGAGGAAAGAGAACAGUCGCUAAGUAAUGUUGGUGAUCAACAGCCUUCCCAGUCUGAUCCUGUCGAGCCACCGAAACAACAGCAACAACCACAACCACAACCUCAACCACAGCCUCAAAUUCCCGAAGAGGCCAAGAAACCGCCCAAACAACAGGCACCAAUACCAUUAUCUGAAUUUGUCGAGAAGACAAAGGAAGUGGGGCGUGUGGUCGAUACAGACAAUCCAGACCUGGUUGUAGAUUCGUAUGAUUUGCCGCCGACACCAAAUGAAAUGGUUGAUUAUCAAAGUCUUUUCCCCAAUGCUAUCAAACCUAAAUUGACUAUAACACCUGGUUUAUUACCAGUGGGGCUUGAUGUCCAUACGGCAGAAGAAAUUUAUCAAACUCUUAUAGCGCUUAAUUUGGAUACCUCUGUUGAUGACUGCUUAGCCAAGGUUCUGGAUGAAUCCGUUAGUGAUGAACUCAAAGACCAAUGCAUUUAUGAUUACUAUGCCUUACAGCUACUACCAUUGCAAAAAGCAGUUAGGGGACAUGUCCUACAGUUUCUUUGGUAUCAAAGUUCUCUUUUGACAAAUACUCACCCAAAUUUUCUUUCCAAGAUAAGGAAUAUUAAUGUCCAAGAUGCUUUGCUCACAGGUGAGCUUUAUAAGAAGCAUGAAUCAUUACAAUAUGAGAAGAAAAGAGUGGAAAAAAUUAAGAAAUUGGAAGCUGUCAGGACAUCGUGUGUUGACCUUUACAACAAAAGAUUAGACAAUAGAACGAAGCGUGUAAAAUUCGGUCACAAGCUUAUUGGUAUUCAUGCUAAUAUAGAAAAGGAAGAACAGAAGAGGGCUGAAAGGAAGGCUAAAGAGCGUUUGAUGGCUUUGAAAGCUAAUGAUGAAGAGGCAUAUAUCAAGUUGUUGGAUCAAACAAAGGAUACGAGAAUUACACAUUUAUUGAGACAAACCAAUGCGUUUUUAGACUCACUAACAAGAGCUGUUAAGGAUCAGCAGGAGUAUACGAGGGAUAUGAUAGAUUCGCAUUUGAAAGAAGAUAGUGAAGAUCAUGACAUAGUCUCCACAAUGAAUGAUGAUGACGAUGAGGAAUCAUCAAAUGUCGAUUAUUAUAACGUGGCCCAUAGGAUUCAAGAAGAUAUUAAGGAACAACCUUCUAUUCUUAUUGGUGGUCAGCUGAAGGAAUACCAGAUGAAAGGUUUACAAUGGAUGGUCUCUUUGUUUAACAAUCAUUUGAACGGUAUUUUGGCUGAUGAAAUGGGUCUCGGUAAGACAAUUCAAACUAUUUCGCUUCUCACUUAUUUAUAUGAAAAGAAAAAUAUCAAAGGACCAUUCUUGGUGAUUGUGCCUCUCUCUACCUUGACUAAUUGGAGUUCAGAAUUUGAAAAAUGGGCACCUAUUCUAAGGACGAUUGCUUACAAAGGUUCGCCAAAUGAGAGAAAGGCUAAACAAGCUAUAAUUAAAUCAGGUGAGUUUGAUGUCGUAAUAACUACUUUUGAAUAUGUGAUCAAGGAGAAGUCUGUUCUUUCAAAACCUAAGUGGGUCCAUAUGAUCAUCGAUGAGGGACAUAGAAUGAAAAAUACACAAUCUAAGUUGUCGUUGACCUUAAACAAUUUUUACCACUCUGAUUACAGGUUGAUCUUAACAGGUACUCCGCUUCAAAACAAUCUGCCAGAAUUAUGGGCUUUGCUGAACUUCGUCUUACCGAAAAUUUUCAAUUCUGUUAAAUCAUUUGACGAGUGGUUCAACACGCCUUUCUCCAGUGCUGGUGGGCAAGAUAAGAUAGAAUUAAGUGAAGAAGAGAUGUUAUUGGUCAUUAGGAGGUUGCAUAAAGUAUUGAGACCAUUCUUGUUACGUCGUUUGAAAAAAGAUGUGGAAAGAGAAUUACCAGACAAAGUGGAAAGAGUCAUCAAAUGUAAGAUGAGCGCUUUGCAAAGUGUCAUGUACCAACAGAUGUUAAAACACCGUCGUUUGUUUAUCGGUGACCAAACUAACAAAAAAAUGGUCGGUUUACGUGGUUUCAACAAUCAAAUCAUGCAAUUAAAGAAGAUUUGUAACCACCCUUUUGUCUUCGAGGCAGUUGAGGAUCAAAUCAACCCGACCCGAGAGACAAAUGCUGCCAUUUGGCGUGUAGCGGGAAAAUUGGAAUUACUGGAGAGGGUCCUGCCCAAACUCAAAGCAACUGGCCACAGGGUCUUAAUAUUUUUCCAAAUGACUCAAAUCAUGGAUAUUAUGGAGGAUUUCCUAAGAUACAUCGAUAUCAAAUACUUGAGAUUAGAUGGACACACCAAAUCGGAUGAAAGAAGUGAAUUACUUUCGCUGUUCAAUGAUGAAGAAGCCGGUUACUUCUGUUUUAUUCUAUCUACAAGAGCUGGUGGUUUAGGUUUGAACUUGCAGACUGCAGAUACUGUCAUCAUUUUUGAUACCGAUUGGAACCCUCAUCAAGAUUUACAGGCACAAGAUAGAGCACAUAGAAUUGGUCAGAAGAAUGAAGUCAAAAUCUUAAGAUUGAUUACUCAAAAUUCUGUAGAGGAGGUGAUUUUGGAAAAAGCUCACAAGAAGUUGGAUAUAGAUGGUAAGGUUAUUCAGGCCGGUAAAUUCGAUAAUAAAUCCACAUCAGAAGAACAAGAAGCAUUGUUGAGGUCUUUGUUAGAUGCUGAAGAUGAAAGAAGAAGGAGAAGAGAAAUGGGUCUUGACGAAGAGGAGGAAAUCGAUGAUAAUGAAAUUAACGAAAUCUUGGCAAGAGAUGAUGAUGAAUUGAUCAAAUUUGCUGAAAUUGAUGCCGAAAAAUCAAGGAAGGCAUUAGAGAUGGGUAUUACAACCAGACUGAUGGAAAGCAACGAACUUCCGGAAAUUUACCAUCAGAAUUUAGAUAUCGAAUUAGAACGUGAGGAUUCUGAAACUGUUGCUUAUGGAGGCCGUGGUACCAGAGAGCGUAAGACUAUGGCAUAUAAUGAUAAUAUGUCUGAAGAGCAAUGGCUUAAACAGUUUGAAGUUAGUGACGAAGAAGAUGCAGACGGAGAAUCUUCAGGGUUUAAGAGGCGUAAGGCUGGUAAAUCCCGUUUUGGAACGAAAAAGCUUAAGGUCGAGGAUGGGAAUGGGGAAGCCGCUAGUGGUGAUCAAACGCCGACUUCCUCUAUUGAGCCUCUAGCUGAAAGAGAGACUAGCGCUGUAGAUGAACCACCUCUUCCUGAUGGACCGACAACUCUGGAGGAACCGGUGGAAGAUGCCACAAUGGCACUUUCACCAACGUUACCUGUGACUGCUGGAAAGACUACUUCUAAAAGUACGAGAGGUAGAGGCAGAGGCAGAGGCAGGAAGACGACUGCUGGUCGUGUCCGCUCCACUCGGGGUCGGGGUCGUGGUCGUCCACCCAAGCCGAAGGCAGGCUUGGAGUACGUUCGUGAUCCAUCUGCUACGACUGAACCACAAGAUGUUAGAAUCAAAGUUUCUGAAGAAGCUAGAGAGCUGUACAAUUAUGCUCUCGAAUACACCAGUGAUGAUGAAGCAAGAUUAUCAGAUAUCUUUUUGGAGAAACCACCAAAGGAAUUAUUCCCUGAUUAUUACCAGUUGAUCAAGUACCCAAUAGCGUUUGAAACGAUUAAUUCUGCCAUUGAAUCCUUUUCCUAUGAUUCUUUGAAGCAAGUUCUUGAGGAUUUCCAUUUGAUCUUUUUAAAUGCAAGAAUUUACAAUACGGAAGAUUCCUUGGUAUACAUCAACUCUGUAGAGCUGGAGCAAGUUGUUACUGAUAAAUAUAGAGAAAUGACUGGGGAUGAUAGACUACUAGAUUUUAGUAAGUUUGAGGAGAGUUUUGCCACGAAGCCACUGAACUUGGCACAAGUACUUCCUGAAGAUAGUGCGGCUGCUGAUGUUGCAAGUGACUCACCGACGGUUGAUGGUACAAAGAUGGAUACCAUCGAACCUUCUGAAACACCCCAUUCGGUAGAGCCGAAUGAUGGAGGAGGAUCAUCUUCUACAUGA